UUUUCAUAAAGGAUGGUCCAGUGUAUCCUAUGCUAAAGGAAGCAAUAAAGGAAGCAUUGAAGCUCCUUUCCUCAGUGUUUGGAGAAUUGGAACAGCUCUUACUGUGGCCACCACGCAGAUACUUCCGCGUCACGUCUUUCAGUAGGAACCUUUCUAAGCAAAUCGGAAUAAAUUCCGCCCUCGAAUCAAAUCAAGCUGAACGUUUUAAAACGAAAAAGAAAUAUAUAGACGAAAAGCUGGAUGCAGUCAGUGCGUUGGCUAUAUUGACUGAGUUUAAUAAUAAUUGAUUACUGGCUGCACGAGAGGACAAAUUAGUCGCAUGACCGAAGAGUCUCUGAGGUGCAGGUCACAUGAUGGCAACUGCAGGAACUGAUGAUAUGAAACCACUGACACGCAGUUCCAGCUAUGAGUUAGUGCCACCAAACAUGUCCGAGCUGAGGGUGGUUCUGCUGGGGAACAAAUGGUCAGAGAUGAGAGCAGUGGGGAACAUGAUACUGAGACAGGAGAAGUUCUGUACUGAAAAAGCAGCUGACUGCUGUGUGAAAUUCAGUACACCCUUCAAGGAAAAACAAAUAGUUGUCAUUAACACCCCAGACCUGCUGCUUCCAAACAUCUCUGAGGACAAACUGAAGAAACAUGUAGAAACCUGUGUGAGGCUCUCUGAUCCUGGACCUCAUGCGUUCCUGUUGGUUCUACAGCCUGAAGACUUCACUGAGGAGCAAAGACUGAAGCUCUGCAGAGUCCUUGAAGAAUUCAGCGAUCAAUCAUUUGAUCAUUCAUUGGUUCUGAAAUCAACUCCCAGAGAGAAGAGCUCAGCUUUGAUGGAAGAAGAUCAACCCUUAAAGGACUUUAUCAGAAAAUGCAAAUACAGACAUUUGAUGCUGAAGAAGCUUGAACGUGCAGAGCUGCUAACACGCUUGGUUCAAAUUGCAAAAGAGAACAAUGGACACAUGGUCUGUGAUGUAUUUGAGGAUGCAGCAACAGGUCUGACUUCUGAGCAGGAAAACCUCAAACAAGAAAAAACAUCAACCUUUCAAUUUGGUCCAACAAUGGAAAUUGCACCUGGACUCAGAAUUGUGAUAUUUGGAAAAAGUGAGGUCAAAAAGAAAACGCUCUGCCAAUUCAUCAUAGAGAAAAAACACUCUCAGUUCUUUAAAUUAAACCCGAGCAAGCAAUGUGAGGUGGCUCACGGAGAAUGGAAAAGAAAACCAGUAACAGUGGUGAAAACGCCAGACAUGUUUAGUCUGACUGUGGAAGCAAUUAUUGAAGAGAUGAGAAGCUGUGUGACUCUUUCCCUUCCUGGACCAAACGUUCUGCUGCUGCUAGUGAAACCUUCUGAUUUCACUGAAAAGAACAGAGCAACUCUGAAGGUCAUCCUGAGUUUGUUUGAUCAAAAUGCCUUUAAAUACUCGAUGGUCAUCUUCACACAUGAGAAUGAAAUGAGUUUCUGUGUGAAUGAACUCCUCAGUGACUGUGGAGGAAGACACUACAAUGUGUUUGAGGAAGACCACAAACAGUUAAUGGAGAAGAUUGAGGACAUUGUGAAUGAAAAUAAAGGAAAAUGCCUCACACUCACUGAAGAGACCACACAACUGAAACCAUCUUUAAACCUGGUUCUGUGUGGAAGGAGAGGAGCAGGGAGGACGUCAGCAGCCAAGGCCAUUUUAGGUCAGACUGAGCUUCAUUCAGUCUCCAACUCAUCAGAGUGUGUUAAACAUCAGGGAGAGGUGUGUGGACGUUGGGUUUCCCUGGUGGAGCUGCCUGCCUUGUAUGGAAAACCUCAGGAGGCAGUGAUGGAGGAAUCACUCAGGUGUAUCUCCCUCUGUGAUCCUGAGGGUGUCCAUGCCUUCAUCCUGGUCCUACCUGUGGCUCCCCUCACUGAUGAAGACAAGGGAGAAUUAGAGACCAUCCAGAACACAUUCAGCUCUCGAGUCAAUGACUUCACCAUGAUUCUGUUCACUGUGGACUCAGAUCCUACAGCUCCAGCUGUUGUUAACUUUGUGAAAAAAAACCAGGACAUCCAGGAGCUCUGUGAGAGCUGUGGCAGAAGAUCUGUUGUUCUCAACAUUAACAACAAACAGCAGAUCCCACAGCUGGUCCAGGCUGUGGAAAAGGUUAGAGAGACAGGACCCAAAUCCUUCACAAAAGACAUGUUCAUAUUAGCUCAGAUGGAGAGAGUGGUAGAACAGAAAAACAUUAACACAAGACUUAAAGCUGAAAUGCUGGAUUUAAGAAAAAAAAGGGAUAUGUGUGUUCAUGAUAGAAAUCAGAACAAUGAAUGUCUCAGGAUGGUUCUGAUUGGAAAGACUGGCAGUGGAAAGAGCGCAACUGGAAACACCAUUCUGGGCCUACGGCAAGGGAAAGAACGUUUUAAAUCUAAACCCAGCGGGAAGUCAGUGACAAAGUACUGUGAGAAAGCAGAAGGAGAGGUCGAUGGACGUCCUGUUGUUGUGGUCGACACCCCCGGUCUGUUUGACACGAGUCUGUCCAAUGAUGAAGUUGAGCAGGAGCUUGUGAAAUGCAUCACCAUGUUGUCUCCUGGACCUCAUGUGAUCUUACUGGUGCUGUCAAUUGGCCGGUUUACAAAGGAGGAAAAAGAUACCGUUGAACUGAUCAAGAAAUACUUUGGGAAAAAUUCACAACAUUUCAUUAUUGUUACAUUCACCAGGAAAGAUGAACUGGGCGAUCAAACAUUUGAGACUUACAUAAAAGAAGAUUGUGAUGAAUUUGUACAAAAAUUGAUUUAUGACUGUGGAGACAGAUAUCAUGUCUUUAAUAAUAAGGAUGCAAAGAAUCGGGCUCAGGUCAGUGAGCUGCUGACAAAGGUUGAGGUAAUGGUGCACGAAAAUGGAGGCAGCUGCUACACCACUGAGAUGUUCCAAGAGGCUGAGGUGGCAAUAAAGAAGGAAGUGAAGAGGAUCCUAAAAGAGAAGGAAGAGGAGAUGAUGAGACAGAAAGAAGAGCUUGAACAAAAACAUGAGGAACAGAUAAAAGCAAUGGAAAAAAGAAUGGAAGAACAGAGAGUGGAAACUGAACAGGAGAGAAAACUGAUAGAAAAACAACUUAAAAGAAUGGAGGAUAACAUAAAGGAUGAACGUGAACAGAGAAAAAGAGAACAGGAAAGGCGAGAAGCAGAGGACCGCCAAAGGAAAAUACAAGAUGAACUUCAACAACAAGAGUGGGAACGAAAGCGUAUAGAUCUGGAGAAAAAACUAAAGGCAGAAUCAAAGGAAAAGGAAAUAACUGACCGACAGCUGGAACAAAGCAGAGAAGAGAUGAGAAACCAACGAGAGAAGUGGGAAAAGGAAAAGAGUGAGUGGUGGGACAAACGACAUCAAGAAAAUGAACAGAAACAAGCAAAACUUAGAAAACUGCAAGAAGAAUACGAACAGGAAAGAGAAAAAUAUGACAACAAGAGAAAAGAAGAGGAUCGAAUGAGAAGAGAGCAAGAGGAGAAGGAGCGGAAAGAACUGGAGGAAAAGUAUAAGAAAAAACUGGAAGAAAUGAAGAAGAAAUAUGAAGGAGAAGCCAGAAAACAGGCUGAAGAGUUCAAUGAGUUCAGACAGAAAUACACCAAAGACUUUACAGCUCUGGUAGAAAAACACAUGGAGGAAAUAAAAGAACUGAAACAACAACAUGAGAGAGAAAUGCAGCAGACAGAAGUGAGACAACGUAAAGAUUACAAACAGUUGGAUGAACUCUCCAGUCACAAAGAAAAAUUUCUCAAAGAACAAAUUGAGGACUUGAAGAAAAAGCAUGAGGAAGAAAUAAAGGCUCUAAAAAAGAAUUAUGAGAGCAGCUGUAUUAUCCUCUGAUCAUGAACAUUAUAGACCUUCAGUAGUUUUUCAUAUUUUUUUCCCCAUUAUUUUUUUUUUUUUGCCAGUAUUUUUGGAGAUUUAUGAAAUAUACUGGACUCCAUAUUCUUAAUGAGUCUAGAGAGCCUGUCAGAUACAUCCCCGGUAGUGAAGAUUAAUAAGAAUAUACAUAUCUGUAGUGUAUGUGUAAUAUUUGCAAUGUUAAGUAAAUUCUUUGAUGUACAAUAUUUACAGUUUUUUCCAAUCGCUAACAAGCGCCUACCCAUACUUCAGAUACGUUUUCUAAACUCUUAACACAGACUCACACCUACAAAACACAAUUGGCCAAAUGGAUAAUUUUCUUCCCAAAAAUACAUUUUGUUAAAUAUAUACUAACUCUUCAUUUCAAAAUAGAACACAUCUUUCCCUGCACACACUAACUGUACAAAAACACUAUAAAUCUGACUCAAAAUGAAAUUAGUCUGCCAAAGAAUAACACUUGUUUUCACUUCACAAGGUACAUGCAGUCAAUCAAAGUACACCAGGUUUCAAAAUACUGGCUAUUAUUGACAUUACAAAAACUGCAUAGACUUUUAUGUUUCAGUUUUACAGGUAUUUGCAUGCGAAACAUGCAAUCCACCAUUUUGACACCAGAAAUGUCUUGGUUGGUAACUGUAUGUCCACAUGUACAGUAAUGUUCACAUUCAAAAGCAUUCCAGUAAAAAGCAAACAGGUUUUUGUUUCUUUACUGUUUACUACAGGAGGUACAGUAGAAACACGGUAUGAUAGGACAGAGAAAGUUUUACAGUAUUGCUUACAGUGAACAAAAUAUCCAUGAAACACACAAGAGCAUUCUGAACAAAAAAACAACAGCAAAAAGCCAAGAUAAAAAGGGGGGGAGGGGGAGGGGGGCUAAAAAAAAGGCAAAAAAUUUGCAUCUAAUCUCUGCGAUCUUCAGGGUUAGGCCACAUGUUUUCAUCAACAUCACAUCUGAUGUUAUCCAAGUCGAUGCACCUGGGAUAAAACCGCCUGGUAUGUCGGAUCCACCCUUGGCAAUCGUCAACUGUGAUGUCCCUGGAGCCAGCAUCCAUGGCUUCAAGGAGGGACAUCUGGUCAUGUGGCUGAUGGUCAUAAACCUUCCACCUCCAUGCAGAAAAGAACUCCUCUAUGGGGUUGAGGAAAGGUGAAUAGGGUGGAAGGAAGAGACUUACCAGUCUUGGGUGGACUUCAAACCAUGUUGUUAUUGCUUGCGAGUGAUGGAAAGCCACAUUGUCCCAGGUAAUUACAAAGGUCCUCAUGUUUUCACCCUCCUGACCCUGCUCUGGAACCAGGCGCUGGUGGAGAUCAUUGAGAAAGGCAAGCAAGCGCUCUGUAUUAUAGGGUCCAACCUGACAUCUGUGAAGGAGUAAUCCUGCAUUUGCAAUUGCUGCACACAUGGUAAUGUUUGCCCCUCUCUGUCCUGGCACAUCAACUGUGGCCCUUUUUCCAAUUACAUUUCGUCCACGUCGACGCCUUUUGGCCAGAUUGAAUCCUGCCUCAUCGAUGUAUAUGAAUUCAUGAGGGGCCUGGUUGGCCUCCAAUUCCAUAACUCUCUGAAAUAAAGUUUAUGUAAGUCAUGUUAUUACUGUAUACCAUACUGUACUGUAACCUAGUAUUGUGUAGGUUACCUACUUGCAAAGUGCAAAGCUUAUAGAACUGGACAUUGGAUUGAAUAUAUACUAUACCUGGACAUAUUGUCGUCGUAGCUCCUUGACCCUCUCACUGUUCCUCUCAAAGGGAACAGUGUAGAGCUGCUUCAUCCGCACUGUGUGUUUGGACAAUGUCCGCGUAAUGGUUGUGAGGCUGAUUCUAUCGAUAUUGUCAAAUAUCUCAUGGUCCGCCACAAUUCUAGUUUGGAUUUCACGCAGUUUUAUUGCAUUAUCUGCAGCAACCAUUUCUACAAUGGCAAGCUCCUGAUCAUUACUGAGGAGCUUUCCUCUUCCCCCAGAGGGUGGAAGACGUUGCAUUCUUUAGAAAGACAAAAAAUUCAACAUAUGCAUUACUGUAUGACCAUAUUGACAUGUCAAGUGAGAAUAGAAACAAUCCAUGUAAAAUGCAAUACUUACCUGUUGGUUUGUUGAAAGAUGCGUAUAAUGGAGGCAACCGUUGACCGCCUCAAAUUGGGCUGCACUCUUUCACCAGCCUCUCUUAGUGAAAGACCAUGGUUGAUUACAUGGUCAAUGAUAGUGGCACGAAUUUCAUCACUGACUACUGUUCUUGCAGCCCUUGGAAUGCCACCACCACGCAUUCUUACACCUCUACCUUGCCCUCUCCUUGGGCCUGCUCUUCUCCCUGGGCCCCUUGCUCUUACUCUUCCUCGACCAGACAUUACAGUGUUUGUCUUUUUUUUGUUUCCAAAAACAUCACUCCUCAAGGUCUUGCCUUAUAAACCCCACUGAGUCUAAGCCAGACUGGAAUAAGCUGUGGUUGGCCCAAUUUACCCAACAUAAAUCAGCUGUGUGUCAAUUAUUCAAUUGUUUGUUUAUUAUCAGCUGAGAUAUAUUUUUGAUAUUGAUAUUGUUUUUGUACUGAUAUCAUUGCAGAAGCAGAGGUUUUUAUACUGUAUCUAAGGUUUGGAAUAUUGUUUUUGCUAUUGUGGGAUGUUGUGUGUUAACAUUCGUAAAUACUACAAACACAGUCCAUAAUUUUGUUGGGAGGUAUAGCUUGUCUGUUAAGAAAAUGUAAGCAUUGUGGAAAUGUGUUCACUGACUGCAUAUUGGGUGAACACGACAUGAAAUGUGUGAAUGGUAUGGCCACGACAGACCGAUGCUGUGCUAAUUGUGUUUAGAGUUUUGCAAAUGUGACAACUGUUUGGACAAACGCUUGUUAGCGACUGAAAAAAACUGUAAUAUGCAAUACAAUUGCUCCUCUCUCUCAUAAUCAUUUUUAUUGUCAUUUAGGGACUGAAAUAAUAACAGAAUGAAAUUGUCCAUAUGUUCUUUAUGUCAUAUCAAAUGUCACACUGGGAAAAUAUGUAAUGACCCUAAAUUUUCCAUGUACAAAUAUGCUAAUUUUUUCGUUGUAUGUGUUUUCAUAUUUUCUAUAGUCCCAAUUUCACUGACUUCCUUUUUAAAUGAAUUUGUUUCUUUAAUUUUUUUUCUUUCUAUAUUUUUAAGUGGAAAAUUCAAAUCGGAAAAAGAGGAUUGUUUUAGGAAUUUGAGUUCUAUCCUUUAACAUAUGAGUAGUGUUAAAACAUCAUCAAAAAGAUAUCUGUCAUAUAAAAUAUUUGAUGUAAAGCUUUAAUAUAAUUGACACUUGAAGUUUUUUAAACUUUUAACUUUGUA